AAAGUUGUAAUAGAGUCAAAAAAUUUAAACAAUGACAAUUAUUUUCUUAUAGGACAAGUUUAAAGCGGAAGUGCAUCAUUUAAAAAAAACAGCUUCAAUGCAGAAAUGACAUUAUUUAGAGGCUAAAUUUCAAAUUUGUAUCAUCCGUGAAAAUUAAAAAAUGGCCCACAAAAACAAAGUUAUUCUAAAUUUACAUAACGAUCCCAAACAUCAUACAAGCCAUCGACUGUUUAGUUGCAAGAACCAAAAAUUUCGAGUUUUGCUGGUUGCUGUGGCGUUUUGGGGUGCCUUUAUGGUUAUCAGUGAUAUAAAUGAAUUCUCUUGUUUGAAGCCCACAAAGAAGACGCAAUGCACUCCUGUAGACAACGUAAUAUUUCUAAAAACACACAAAACGGGUUCAACAACAAUCGCAAACGUUAUGUACAGAUAUUCAAAAUCAAAUCGUUUAAAAGUAGCAUUACCGGGGUGCGAUCACAGGUUUUGUUUUCCAUAUAAGUUUACAGAGAACUUUCUUUACAAUCACAAAGUAAACGACACGUACAACAUGCUAUUUCAUCACGCAGUUUUUCACAAACAAAAUAUGAUUAAAAUAUUGGAUAAAGGUAAUACAAAAAUUGUAACCAUUUUGAGGGAACCCUAUUCGCAAUUCGACUCAGCUGCACAAUAUUUUAAUUUUAAAAUAAACUACAAAUUAAGUGGAAAAUUACCUGUUCUCGAUGAUCUUUUUAAAAUGUCUGACGAAGAUUUAACAGCAUAUAUAAAAUCUCAGAAAGUCGAUGGUUACGGUGCUUACUCCUUAACUAAAAAUCCAAACGCGUUUGAUAUGGGGUUUGAUCCAUGGAAUGAAACAAGUGAAUAUAUCAAAACCGUUUUAAAAACAAUUGAAGAGGAUUUCAAUCUAGUAAUGAUAACAGAGUAUAUGGCAGAGUCGUUAGUUCUGCUAAAAAACGAGCUCUGUUGGGAUUUCAAAGAUAUAGUGUUUUUUCAUCACAAUGCUAGGUUGACAAAAGAGAUAAACACUAACUAUGUUCAGAACAUUAAACAACGUGUUUUAAAUUGGAACAAGCUUGAUGUCGCCAUUUACAACUAUUUUAACAAAACUUUUUGGGAAAAAAUAAAAUACAGCGACAACAGUUUUAUAUCAGAUGUUGAAAAACUGAAAAAAUUUAACCAUUUAUUGCAACAAGAAUGUACUACGGUGCUGAACAACGCGACAGUUACUCCAAACGCCAACUUGUUACUAUCAGACUUUAAAAUAGCGCAAAAGUUCGAAGAUUUUUGUUCUGAUUUACUAAUUGAGGAAAUUCUUUUUACAAAUGUUUUAAAAAAAGCAAAAGAUGAAAACUUAUGAGAAGCCUUUCAUUAAAAUUUUUCGAUUAAUUGGGUAAGAAAUCAAAUGCAGCAAUUAAAAAAACUUAUUGCAAGAAAAAUAGCUGCUUUACAGCAAACCUUAUUAAUAAACUUUAUCAAAAGCUAUUUUAUCAGCAAGGUUAAAUUAUGUUUUAUUCUAACCAAGUUUAGACUUUUUUGCAAAUUAUGAAACCUUUAUUUUAUGUUAUUUUUAUGACGUAUGAAAGACACUGUAAAUGAUAUUUCUAUAUUUUAAUUUUUCAUAUUUU